AAGUGAAGAAGGCUUUGAAGAUUUGGUGAAUGGCGGAGACACUGCAGCUUCACUCGUUGUAUGUGGGAGACCUCCACCCUGGUGUGACGGAGGGGCAACUGAUUGAUACCUUCUCCGGAAUUAAGGACUUUGUUUCCGCUUCUCUCUGCAAAGAUACUCUCAGCGGCUUUUCACGUGGCUAUGGCUACCUCAACUUUAGCACCUUUGAACAAGCAAUGGAGACCAUUGAGACCAUGAAUCAUACCUUAAUCAAUGGUAAGCCAAUUAGGUUAAUGUGGUCCCAGUGCGACUCGGAAGCAAGAAGAAGUGGUAUUGGCAAUGUAUUUGUGAAGAAUUUGGCUUCUUCAGUUGACAAUAUGAAGCUGCAUGGUAUUUUCACGGAAUUUGGCACAAUUUUGUCCUGCAAAGUUCAAACUUCUCAAGAUGGGGAGAGCAAAGGCUAUGGCUUUGUUCAAUUUGAAUCAGCAGAAUCUGCUCAAAGCGCCAUUCAAGAGCUCAAUGGCCAAGUUAUUGAAGGAAAAGAGAUUUACGUCGGCCCCUUCAUAAAAAAGAGUGACAGGAUUCAUUCUUCCACUGAAUACAACAAUUUAUAUGUGAAGAAUUUUGAUCAAAAUUUGACCGAAGAAACCUUAGGAGAGAAGUUUUCUGUGUUUGGAACAAUAACAAGCUUGGUUAUUUCAAAAGACUCCAAUGGGGUCUCAAAAGGCUUUGGUUUUGUUAGCUUUGAGAACUCAGAUGAUGCCAAACGAGCAAAAGAGGCCAUGGACGGGGCUCAACUUGGCGCAAAUGUUUUGUACGUGGCAAAGGCGCAAAAAAAGAGAGAGCGCAAGCAGAUGUUGGAGCUUCAAUAUGAAGAAAGGCGCAAGGAGAAAAUCCAGAAAUAUAAGGAUGCAAAUGUGUUUAUCAAGAACAUCAACGAUGACGUUGAUGAUUCUCAACUAAAAGCUUAUUUUGGUGAAUGUGGGUUAAUUGUCUCUGCAAAAAUAAUGCGAACUGAAAAAGGGAUAAGCAGGGGUUUUGGUUUUGUGUGCUUCUCUACGCCCCAUGAAGCUCAAAGAGCCAUAAGAAGUCUUAAUGGUGUCUUUUUUCAUGGGAAGCCUCUCUACGUCGCAUUGGCUCAAACCAAAGAGGAGAGGAGGAAAUUAUUUCAACGCCUGCAAAGGGCAACUAUUGCUGCCAUUCCUGCCAAAUAUCCUACUCAUGGUUACAUUGGGCAACAUCCCAUGAAUCCAUUCUUCAACUUGGGAACAAAUUGGAGACCAUGUGGACCUCAAACUCCUAUGUUUCCUACAAUUCCUAACUUUAGAGGAGAAUAUGAGUGGAGAAAUCAUGGACAAGCCCAUCCAAUUGGUUAUGGUGGUGGUGUUAUGCCAACGUUACAUAUGCCAAGAAAUUUACAAGCAGCUGCUUAUCCAUUUAUGAAUCCUGGCUAUCAUCAUCAGAGACUAGGUGGACAUUUCAACAUGGCAAAUGGACAUCAAUAGGCAACUUCUGAGUUAAUCUCUGCUGCUAUAAUGUUCAUGGGUAUAAUGUUCAUGGGAUCGCCGGUUUGACUCACAUGCCUGCUAGUGUGCACUUAUACAGUCUACCAUUCUUGCCUCUCGGAUCGAAGACAUUAGUUUAUGAAACGCUUAUUUACUUUUGAUGUUUAGUUAGUAGUUAGAACUCAUCUUUUAAGUGACCCUGUUUUCUCAGGAAACAAAAGGAAGUAUUUACC